AAAAAUGCAACCUGUUUUGACUUCGAAUGUCAGAAAAAUUUAAUAUCAAAUUUUUAAUCAAAAUUAGAAUUAUUGAAAAAAUAAUUCCGUCGUUAAUCAGAAAUUUUCUACCUUAUUAGCGUCGGCUGGAAAAUAAACAGUCAGCAAUGAGUUCUGAAGAACUUACUGCUUCGUUAGUUCAAUAUGAAAAUCAGUUAGAACAAGUAAAAUUAGCCAUUCAAGUCUCAAACGAAUCUGAUGAAAUUGAUAAUCUUCGAAGUUUACGAGAGGAUUUAGAACAAUUAAUAUCAUUAACAAAAGAAAAUUUAAAUUCGCUAAAUCAAAGUCAUGGUAAAGAAACCGAUUCUGGAAGUUCUACAUUGGACGAUGAAUAUGCUAAUUUUAUGGCACAAAUGUCAGAAGUUGGUGCAGUUAGUAAAUCAGAAAAUGAUAGCUCAACGGAUAACAAGAACUUAAAGGACGACUUUAAAUCACUGGAAAAUAUGAAAUGUCAAGCUCCUUAUAAUCAUCAAUUAAGCGGUGUUUCAUAUCAUAACGCAUUGGUUUGUGGAGUGGUAUCUGACGAAGAGCAAUCAUUUGAAGAUAUUAUGGUUCGUAUUAUGUUCACUAAUCCAAUCUAUCAAGAAAUGCUACCAUGCCCAUAUUUUCUGGAAGGUGAAUGCAAAUUUUCUGAUGAAAAAUGCCGUUUUUCCCAUGGUGAGUUGGUAUCCUUGGCCAGUUUACAAGAGUAUAAAGAACCAGAUUUCUCUAAAAUGAAACCAGAUGAUCGUGUCUUAGUGAAAUUACCAACAAGUAAAUUAUGGCAACUGGCUACAAUUAAAUUAAUUGGCGAUAAUAAUACAUGUACAAUACGUAACGAUGCAAAUAAACAAGAUUAUGAGGUUAAUUGGGAAAAUAUAUUUCCAUUAAAUUAUACAAAUAUUGAGAAUAGCGAUGAUAGCUCAGAUUCAAGUGCUGGUAGUGAUAUUGAAUAUGAUGAAAAUGUUAUACAACAAAGUUUAACUAAUCAACCACCGUCACAAGCUUUAGGAAGUUGGGAACAAUAUACAAAGGGAAUUGGUUCCAAAUUGUUACAAAAAAUGGGUUACGUAGUUGGUACCGGGUUGGGUUUAAAAUCCGAUGGAAGAAUAGAACCCGUUGAUGCUGUAUUAUUACCUAGUGGAAAAUCGCUAGAUCAUUGUAUGGAAUUGAGAGAAAAAGCUGGUGGCGAUGUAAACUUCUUUAAAGUUGAGAAAAAAUUAAAACGAUUACAAAAAAAACAAGAAGAACGUAAUCGACGUGCAUAUGAACGUGAACAAGCUAAAACUGAUGUCUUUACAUUCUUAAACGACACAUUAAAACAUAAUAAAAAUACAAUCAAACAUGCAAAAGAUGAUCCAGCACGUGCUGGUUUCUCAAAAAGCACACAUCGUCGAAGUAUACAAGCGGAAUCUUCUAAAGAAUUAAAUGUAAACAGUAUUAAAAUUGAUGAAAAUAUUAAACGUUGUGAAUUAGAAUUAGUUAAAAUUAGACAAGCUUUAGAAAGGCAUUCUGAUACAAAUUCAAUAAUGAAUAGGAAUUUAAAAAGUAGAUUAAUGAAUAAACAAAUGGAGUUAGAUAAUUUGCGAGUAUGCGAACGUAAUAUUCAAACUGAACAGAGUCUAAGACGAGAUCAAAAGAAAUUAACAAUUUUUUAA